UAUAACUUAACGUCUUUAUCGCUGGUCAAUUUUGAUAAACGCGUGCGGAACCCGGAAGUUGCAACAGAGUGAGACGUCCGUGCUCUUCUUCCUCCUUGUCGCAAACUGUCGUUCCUUUCCGCUCUGCAUGUAUUCCUUCUGCAGUAAUGGACUCUAAACACUGGGCGAAGGUCCGCUAACCACAAGUUGCGACAUUUCUAGGCAGGAAUGAGACUCCAUCACCCCUGAGCUCAAGAUGAGAGAGUGGUGGGUUCACGUGGGUUUGAUCUGCAUCCCGCUGGUGGCCGUCUACCUUCACAUCCCGCCCCCUCAACUGUCACCUUCCCUGCAGAAGUGGCACAGUGCCGGUGAGGUGUUUCACUUCAGAGGCAGGGAAAUCUUCUACAGAGAUUCCUAUGGUGCUUUGGGAAGCUCUGAUGUCAUCAUUCUGCUCCAUGGCUUCCCUACGUCCAGCUUCGACUGGAACAAGAUCUGGGAGCCACUCAUUCAGCGCUUCCAUCGAGUCAUUGCACUGGACUUCCUGGGUUUUGGCUUCAGUGACAAGCCACGACCCCACAGGUACUCCAUCUUCGAGCAGGCCAGUGUGGUGGAGGCCCUGGUGGCUCACUUGGGUCUGAGCAACCAGCGAGUCAAUCUGGUGUCCCAUGACUAUGGAGACACUGUGGCCCUGGAGUUGCUCUACAGAAGUGACCAAAACCGCACAGGUCACCUGAUCUUCAACAGCCUGUGUCUUUCCAAUGGAGGAUUAUUCCCAGAAACACAUUACCCACGUUUGCUGCAGACGCUACUGAAGGACUCUAGUUUUCUGGCUCCACUUCUGACGCGUCUCACCAACUAUAAGAUCUUCCAAAAAGGGAUCGGAGACGUGUUCGGUCCGUACACGCAGCCCACAGACGCUGAGUUCUGGGACAUGUGGACAGGUUUACGCUACAACGAUGGCAACUUAGUGUUAGACAGUAUUCUGCAGUUCAUCAACCAGAGAUUAAAACACAGAGAGCGAUGGGUGGGCACCCUCACUUCCACCAUCGUCCCACUGCACAUGAUCUACGGACCCCUGGACCCUGUCAACCCUCAUCCUCAGUUCAUCCGUCUUUACCAGCAGCUGGUCCAGAGGUCGACGAUCACCAUCUUGGAUGAACACAUCAGUCACUAUCCUCAGCUGGAAGAUCCCUCCGGCUUCCUCAAUGCAUAUUUCAAUUUUAUCCACUCUUUCUGAGAGGUUACCAAAUGCGAAACACCCCGUGUUCGUGAAUGAAUUCAGACUCUUAACACGCCGUCUGGUACUUUUGCAGCACUUAUUCAAAGUGAUAAAAGGUCACACGUGACGCCAAGACCUUUCCUAAUGAUUUUAAUUAGGAGUUAUGCCGUCACUAAGCUGCGACUUAUGCAUCAGUUUGAGAUUUAAUCACCAGUGAUGGGCUAAUUUACCAGCAUCAAUUCCUAAAUUGUCAAUUAAUACCAUGGAAAACAUCUAAUGUGAGCUAGAAACAUGAAUAAUUGUACUUAUUGCAAGUGAAUGACUAAUCUGAUGGUGACAGUGUUCAUUUAUGGAUCAUCUUUCAGCAUGAUACUGAAAGUUAUGUUGGGUUGUGUGAUUAUUGGACACAUCUGUCCUGCACAGCUGCAUUCUGAGUGAAUUUAUUCUGAAUGAUUUUCUACAUUUCUCUUGUCAAUGAAAUGCCUAAAUGUCAGCAUUUCUUUAAAUAAAACUAGUUUUGUAAAAUAAAAAAAAAAGUGUCUGAAUGAGUAAAACUUGAUGUAUUUUGACAGUCAGAAUUUAUUGAAGAUUUGACAGAAGAAUAUUCUUACUGCAAAGAAAACACAAGAACCAGCAGAAAGUAUAAAGACAGAGUGAAGAAACACUUUCUAGAAGUGAUAAAAUGUUGUUUUUCAGGUUGGAUGGUGUCAGCAUAAUAAACACAAUAUCAUUAUAUAUUUUACUUUUAGAGUUGUGUAAAACAAGUAAGUGGCGUCUCAGAGAGUUUGUCGUGCAGAGAUGAAAGGUCCUGUGGUUCGUUGACAGGAAGCGCCACCGCGGGGGUUUUAGCCCACCGAGGCCAGGAUGACGUCAACGACCGUCUCUUCACUACUGCGUACCGUCACCUGCAUGGUGACGCCGUCAGCCAGCGCCAGGCGAGCACGAACCAACACAUCGUGACAUCCCCGGAACACACCUGAGAAGAGAGGGAGGGAGAGCUGUCAGAAGCCAAUCAAAGCACACCUGGCAUUUAAAUUUAGGGAUGACUUUUUUCGACAUGCUAUACUAUGACCGUUUUUUGACUUUUUUUAAUUGCUUUUUUUCAACAUACUAUAUUAUGACAUUCUUUAACAUUUGGAAUCCACUAAAUGAUAUCUGCUACUUGUAGUUACGGCAUUUGAUGUCUAAAAAUAUCUUUAAGUUGCAUGAGAGACAAAAUAACAAUUUUAAUGAAGCAAUCUUUUUUUUUAAAAAGACCAAACUGUGACCAAAACCAUCCUGACAUUCAACACCCACCAGCGAGGAAGAGGACAUGCGAGUUCUUGUUUUCGGGGACUUUGUCAGAGCGCUCGCAUGGCUGCAUUCCCAGGAAGCUGAUGAUGUUACCCACCGCCUCUGUACAAAAAGAAAACAGACGAGUCAAGUAAGACACUGGGUCUCAGUUAGUGCAUAGAGCCUCAAUCACAUGUUUUGUAGAAAUGACGACUAAAACAAAC